AUGAAUAAUACAAGUCCGGCUGAGUUAGAAGUCCUAAGUGGUUCUUCCAAAGAAUAUUCUAUUGAAGAUAAUAUGACUGAAGAAACUGUGCAAAUUGAAAAUGAACAAUUGAAAAAGGAAGAUGUAUUUACUCAAACAGAUUCUUCAUCAGAAACGUUACAAGAUAAUUCAACACCGUGGCAGAAUUCAGAUUAUUUUAGUUGUUAUUGGAAAGAAUAUUUAUUUGUACUCACAUGUAUGCUAUCAAACUUGCUUAAUCAAGCAGGUCAAACACAGAUCUUAUCUACAAUGAAUGUUUUGGCCGAUUCAUUUAAAACUGAUAGUUCUAAAAAAACAUGGAUUAUGGCUUCGUUUCCUCUGGUUUCGGGAUCUUUUAUUUUGAUUAGUGGACGAGUUGGUGAUAUAUAUGGCUUAAAAAAGACCUUUAUGCUUGGAUGCAUUGUAAUGAUUGUCUGGUCUUUAAUAUGUGGUUUCUCCAAUUAUUCAAGUAAUGUAUCCUUUUUUAUUACUUGUAGAGCAUUUCAAGGACUAGGUGUAGCCUUUGUACUACCAAAUGCUAUGGGUUUGGUUGGUAAUAUCUAUAAAGUAGGAAGUUUGAGGAAAAAUGUCGUUAUUAGCUUUAUUGGUAUGUGUGCUCCAACUGGUGCAGCUUUGGGUUCACUUUGGGCAGGUAUGAUUACAUAUGAAAAUAAAACACAGUGGCCAUGGAUCUUUUAUUCUUAUGCUAUCGUCUCUUUUAUUAACCUGUUGAUGGCAUAUUAUUCUAUUCCAAACAAUAUUCCAACAAAUGUAAAUGGUUUCAAAAUGGAUUGGUAUGGAUCUAUUUUAGCUGUGAUAGGCUUGAUCCUGUUUAAUUUUGUUUGGAAUCAAGGUCCAAUUGUUGGAUGGCAAACAGGAUAUGUCAUAGCUCUUCUAAUUAUAUCUGUUUUCUUCUUGAUUGCUUUUUUUGUCUUUGAAAUUCAUUAUGCUAAAUCCCCAUUGCUUCCACCAGAAAUAGUAAGAAAUCGUCACAUUAUAACUAUAUUAUCGUCUAUUUUCAUGGGCUGGGGAUCCUUUGGUGUUUGGACAUUCUAUUACUAUGCCUUCCAAUUAAAUUUAAGACAUUACUCAACCGUAUGGGUUGGUGCUACUCACGUAUUCUUCAUCUUAUGGGGGACAACUGCUGCUUUUAUUUGCGCUUUUACCAUUAAACAUGUUGGUGCUCCAGUGAUUCUAUUUUUAUCUUCUAUUGGGUUUACUGUUGGUUCUGUAAUGUUAAGUGUAACUCCUGUACGUCAAAGUUUUUGGAGAAUGAAUUUUGGGAUGGAAAUUAUUUUGACUAUGGGCAUGGAUUUUUCAUUUCCUGCAGCAUCAAUUAUAUUAAGUAAUUUCUUACCAAUGCAAUAUCAAGGUAUGGCAGGUUCUUUAGUUAAUACAAUCAUAAAUUAUUCUACUUCUCUCUGUCUAGGGAUGGCAACUACAGUAGAGACACAAAUUAACAAGUCUGGCCAAGAUCUUUUGAAAGGUUAUAGAGCAGCGUUAUAUUUUGCGAGUGGACUGGCAGGCUUUGGUAUCGUAAUUGCAUUCUCAUACUUAUGCGAGACUACAUAUAUGAACCGUAAGAAAAAACUAGUUGCUCAAAAAGAACAUACUACGACUGAAGAAUUUCAAAUAUGUUAA